ACCAUCGUAGAGGAUCCUCGCGCGAUCCUCGACGCACCGGCGACCAGCCGAGCAUUUAAGCACCUAAUAAGGAUGGAUCCCAUACUCGCGGUCGAGUUAUUGUUCUUCGCCAUCUUCGGUCAGACGACGCACGAACAAUUCAAGGUAGAAACGAUGCAGCCAAAUUGGACGACCGUCCUCUUCAAGCUCACCUUCGGCAUUUACAUGCUGGUAUCGGUGGUGGUGCUUAUUAAUCUCCUGAUCGCCAUGAUGAGCGAUACCUAUCAGCGGAUACAGGCGCAGUCGGACAUCGAGUGGAAAUACGGACUGAGCAAACUCAUUCGAAAUAUGCACAGGACCACCACGGCACCAUCUCCGCUGAAUCUCCUGACCACGUGGAUUACGUACUUCGUCAAGCUCUGCAAGAAACGCCUGACCAAAAAGCAACGGCCGUCUCUGAUGCAUCUGAUGGGUGGCGCGCGUUUGUCCCCUCGCACCAGGAUGGGGGCCAAGUGGCUGUCCAAGAUAAAGAAGAAUACGCAGGUGGGACAACUGAAGGACAGAGGCAACUUGUCAGUGGUUCAUCUGAGUCCUCUCGGGAGCCAGUUGUCCUUCGGUAAUGUUGUCAAGAUAGACAACGUUGUCGACUGGGAGGUCGUCAGGCGCAAGUAUAGAGAUCUUUACGGCGAGAAGAUCGAAGAAAAGCCGGUCGAGGAGAGCAAGGAAUCGAUCGAGAAUCCGUUGGCGGUUUUGGAAGGCUCGUCGAGUACCGCCGAGAAAUCGAGGCUUGGACUUGGAGCUUGAACGAGAGAAGGAAAAAUACCGCU